ACUUUAUAAAAUACUUUAAAAAUACAACUUUAUAAAAUACUUUAACACUAGUCUAUGACUCUAUAACAGAAAUUUUUUUUAUAAAAUAACACAAAGAAAACAUUAUAAAAUAGGUUAAAAUACUUUAACACAAGUCUAUAACAAAGAAAAUUUUAUAAAAUACUUUAAAAAAAAACUGGACUUUAAAAUUGGAAAUUUUGGUAAUGAUAUUUUUUAUUUUAUUAGUUAAAUCAAUUUCCUCAAUUUUUAUUUUUAUUCAGUAUUUCCAAAUUUACCGCCCUGACUGAGCUGAAAAAGAAACCACCGGCCACCGCACUACCGCCGUCGAUCAGCCAGCUCCCUCGCCGCAGGUCCCCGAAAAUUGGCGGAAUUCCUCGACCUCGAAACGCAGGACUCCGUCCGCAUGCCGUGGAAUGUCCUCCCCGGCACGAAAGUGGAGGCCGCGAAAUGCGCCGUACCGAUCUCCGCCGUCUACACACUCUUAAAACCCCUGCCGGCGUCCACUCCGCUCCUACCUUACUCCCCUCUCCGGUGCCGGAGCUGCCGAUCCGUGAUCAACCCGUUCUCGAUCGUUGAUUUCUCCUCCGUGAACAAGAUAUGGAUCUGCAGCUUCUGCCUCCAGCGCAACCACUUCCCGCCGCACUACCAGUCUAUUUCCGAUCAGAAUUUUCCGGCAGAGCUCUUACCUCAGUACACGACGAUUGAAUAUGAGACCACUGCUCCGAACGAGCAGCCGCUGGCUGGGAGCAGUAAUGUUUUCUUGUUUGUUGUGGAUACUUGUGUUAUUGAGGAGGAAUUGGGCUUUCUGAAGUCCGCCCUGUUGCAGAUUUUAGAGGAGCUUCAGAAAGAUCCUUGGCCGGGUGCAUCAGAUCAGCGGUCUGCUAGAUGUACUGGUACAGCAUUAAGUUUGACCGCUCAUUUAUUGGGAGUAUGUGUUCCUGGUUCUGGAGCUAGAAUCAUGGCAUUCUUGGGUGGACCCACAACAGAAGGUCUAGGAGCUAUAGUUUCUAAAAAUCUGUCUGAGCCUAUACGUUCUCACAAGGACCUGGACAAAGAUUCUGCUCCCCACUAUCACAAAGCAGUGAAGUUUUAUGAAGGACUUUCAAAACAACUUGUUCAUCAGGGCCAUGUCCUAGACGUUUUUGCUUGUGCCCUUGAUCAGGUUGGAGUUGCUGAACUUAAAGUAGCAGUUGAAAAAACUGGAGGACUUGUUGUUCUUGCUGAAAGUUUUGGCCACUCAGUUUUCAAGGAGUCUUUAAAAUGUGUUUUUCAAUCUGGUGAUCAUGAUCUGGAAUUGUCAUCAAAGACAAUUUUCUGGAAGGAUCUAGAUAAACCUUUUUAUGUACUGAAUUGGUAUUGGACCAUGUUUCUUUUCCCGCUUUUCCAAGCUUCGAAUGGCAUUGGAUUUUCCUGCUACAGUUGGUAUAUUGAGAUAAGCUGUUCAAAGGAUAUCAAAAUUCAGGGAAUUAUUGGCCCUUGUGCAUCACUUGAUAAGAAAGGUCCUUCUUGCUCUGAUACUGUUAUUGGACAAGGAAAUACUACUGCGUGGAAGUUGUGUGGCCUUGACAAGACUACCUCCUUAUGUAUAAUAAUUGAUGUUAGCAAGAAAGAGAGCCCAGAUUUUAUAACUCCGGUCAACAACCAUUAUCAGCAUAGCAGUGGACAAAUGAGACUUCGUGCCACUACUCUGUCCAGAAGAUGGGUUGCUGGACCUGGAAACAAAGAGGACCUAAUAUCGGGAUUUGACCAGGAAGCAGCAGCAGUAGUAAUGGCACGCCUUGUUUCUACCAAAAUGGAAACCGAGGCUGAAUUUGACCCUAUAAGAUGGCUGGAUAAAUCAUUGAUACAUAUAUGUUCUCAAUUUGGGGAGUACCAGAAGGAUAGCCCAUCUUCUUUUAGUUUGUCCCCGAGACUAUCAAUAUUUCCUCAGUUCAUUUUUCAUUUACGGUGUUCACAAUUUGUCCAGGAUUCGUAUUUCACUCUUGUUAUAUUUCAUGGAUCAACCAUUGCUCAAUGGCGAAAAGCUGGAUAUCAUGAACUGCCCGAACAUAAGGCGUUUGCUAACUUGCUACAAGCUCCACGUGAUGAUGCGAAUGCCAUAACGGUAGAUAGAUUUCCAGUACCUCGCGUUGUAAUCUGUGAUCAGCAUAGCGGACAGAUCUCAUACAGAAGAAACAGGAGGUACAUUUGUUGUCAAAAUUCAGUAAAUUCCAGUCUAGCAUGUGAGAUUUAUUGUGUUCUUAUAAUGAGUUAAUUUUUAAGUGUCUUAGAUUAGAAAUCCAACUAAAUCUAAAGAUAAUUAAUCUCAUGAACUGCGUCUUAAAUCAGAAAAAUGCAAUUUUGGUAAAC